UGCCCCGUCAAUACUCGGUGUGUUAUUAGAAGUGUUUGCCCACCACCGUACCGUCAUUAUUACCCACGCAAGCAAGCUUUCUGCGCACCAGAUAACUAAUGGAUGAGAACGGCGGACUGAAGAAGAGGGAACACGUAUGUAGCAAAACCAGAUGUUCCGUUUUCAUCGCUUUUCUUGUCGCCUCGUGCGUCGUUGUUCUUUGCGUCGUUACUUUUGAGGUUGACGACCUGCGAAUGAAGAUACAGUAUGACGUGUCGGGCUUGGCAUGGUGGAAGACGUCCAUCAUUUAUCAGGUGUAUCCCAGGUCAUUCAAGGACUCGAACGGGGACGGAGUAGGUGACCUCAGAGGGAUAACCCAGAAGCUUGACUACCUAGCUGACUUGGGGAUAGGAGCUAUCUGGAUCAGCCCCUUCUACACGUCACCUAUGAGGGACUUUGGCUACGACAUCUCAAACUACACCCAGGUCGACCCCACGUUUGGUACAAUGGACGACUUCGACAACCUACUAAAGGAGGCAAGAAAGAGAGGUCUAAAGAUAAUCGUUGAUUUUGUUCCAAACCACACAAGUAACGAGAGCAUGUGGUUUCAGGAGAGUAGAAAAGGGCCUAAUAAUUCUUACAGUGAUUAUUACGUCUGGAAAGAUGGAGUCAUCCUUCCGAACGGUUCUAGAGGACCCCCGAACAACUGGUUGAGCGUGUUUGGGGGCUCGGCGUGGACGUUUGAUCCAGAACGAGGUCAGUAUUAUUACCAUGCAUUCCUGAAAUCGCAAGCUGACAUCAACUUCUACAGCCCGCACGUGCUCCAGGAACUGAAGACCGUCCUAAGGUUCUGGUUGGACAGGGGUGUUUCGGGAUUUCGGUUGGAUGCUCUGAAGUUUCUGUUUGAGUCGAAAGAUGUAACCCUAAACGAGGCGCUCUUACCGAAUCAAUUUGAAUGGAAUGACGACGGACCACAUAAUUUGACGACAAGCUUCCCACAAAUCAAUGACGUCAUCAAAGACUGGCGAUCACUGCUUGACGAGUAUACUUCUUAUGAUAAAGAACCUAGGUUCAUGGCAGAGGAGUCGUAUGGAUUGACGGCAGAGAUGCGCAACGCUCACUACAAAUCCGGGGCAAUGCCCUUCAACUUCGCUCUUCUUAAUAUGAACUCGACAUGUGGAGGAACAUGUGUUAUGCGGUUAAUCAACAAAGGUUUACAUGAACUAGCGGACGACGCGUGGCCCAACUUCCAGGUUGGUAACCAUGACAACAGCCGAGUGGCGUCCCGAGUAGGAGUCGCUAGAUCGGGAGCCGUUACCAUGCUUCUACUUACACUACCAGGCACGCCUACCUCCUACUACGGCGACGAGAUAGGCAUGCAAGAUGUGUUCUAUACCUUCCAGGAAACACGGGAUCCAGCGGGUAUCCAUUUUGGAAAAGACGGAUAUGAGGGCAGAUCACGUGAUCCGGAGAGGUCUCCAAUGCAGUGGUCGGGGACAACGAAUGCGGGGUUCUCAUCAGGCACGCCAUGGCUCCACGUGCAUGAGAACUUCACUAAAACGAACGUCAAGGACCAGAACAGUGAUACCGUAUCCAUGUUGAACCUGUAUCGAACGCUGGCUAAAAUCCGGAAGUACCCAUCAUUCCAGAACAGUCAACUUCAAUACGCUGUAACCAACGACAAUGUCGUAUCUUACGUCAGAAUGGCACUAGGUUGGACCAAGUAUCUCGUUUUGAUCAACUUUGGCCCCUCCACGAGUACCGAUGAUUAUUCUAAGAGUCCCGUGGACUCUACUUCCGGUAUAAUAGUUGCAACGACAAACAAUUUCAAUUUGGGGGAUUUUCGAACAGGACAAACUAUUUCGUUGGUGAACGUGAGGUUACAUCCUGGACAAGGACUGGUUGUGACUGUGUACUACCAGGGACGUUAGCCGUCUAAAUCAGUGACGCUUCGUCUAAGUUACCUGUAGUGACGACUAAAAACGAUUUCUUUCAAUGCUAUAUCUCCUUUUAUCAGUACAAAGGUGACAACAGCAUACACAGAAAACAGAGAAAUUAUCGAAAGAGACUAAUUAUGCAAUGUGUGUUUUAUGCCGUUUUAUAAGGUCUGUAUUGCACAACGAAAAACUAAAAUCUGAUUUCUAACUUAAAUAUGUCUUCGUCUGUUACCGCUUGAAUAGAAACCAUCGUUUUUGGUUGUUCAAUCACGCCGCUUCUCUAUGCCACAUAUAGGUGGCGCGACUCCGGAUAUAGGCAGGGACGGUAACUUAGCGCCGCAUAACUGCGUCUCGAUUCUCCACCCAGAAUAAGUUGGUAUGCCUUUUCCUACAGUAUCAUCUCGAUCCAGGAUUACGUUAUUUAUACACAUUGCACGAAUGUUUCCCAUUAUUGUAUAACAGUUCUGCUUUCUACAGUGUUUCUUACGUUAUUUGCUAUGAUUUGUCUAGUUUAUCUAGUUGGAUAAAUAAUUAAUAAAUACAUCGUAUCAUUUAAUGCUUAUCCCAUAAAUCCCUAGUAUGUCAUUGGCCUAAUAGAAGCGAUCCGGGGAGAUCACUGAUACAGACGGGCAAUCGGCAAGUUCACGUUUACGGAAAGAGCCGACGGUUCCCGAUUGACAGACGGGAAGUCUGAAAUGAGCAGGUGUAAAGUUGGAUUGUAGAAUGCUUUUAUAAUUUAAUAAAAUUGACAACGAAUAUCGAUGUAAGUUAAAGUUAUUUUGUAUUUAAGCUGCUAUCACAACAUUACUGCCUCUAUGUGUUUUUUAAAAAGUGGGAG